AUGCCUGCUUCAGAUUUGCAGGUAUCCUCUGAAAUAUCUACCAAACACAGUGCUGAUGGUGGAAAGUAUGCUGAUGGUGUCAACUGGGAUGACCUUUCGUUUAAAGUAACCCCAACUGAUUACAUCUACACCAUGAAAUGCAACGACGGAGAUGAAUUUUCACAAGGAUAUCUCAUUCCCCAUGGAAAUAUUGAGCUUUGCCCGUUUGCUGGAAUCUUGAAUUACGGACAGGGUUUAUUCGAAGGUCUUAAGGCGACCAGAACUGAAGAUGGUCGUAUUAUGCUAUUCCGGCCAAAAGAGAAUGCUUUAAGAAUGAAGAUGGGUGCAGAGAGGUUGUGCAUGCCAUCUCCAUCUAUUGAGCAAUUUAUUGAUGCUGUGAAACAAACAGUCAUUGCCAACAAACGUUGGGUGCCACCUCCAGGAAAAGGGGCACUUUAUAUUAGGCCUUUGCUCAUGGGAACCGGAUCUGUUCUUGGCGUGGGGCCGGCACCAGAGUACACAUUGCUGAUAUAUGCUUGUCCAGUUGGUAUAUUUCACAAGGGGAGGGCAGCCCUCAAUUUGUACGUUGAGGAUAAACUCCGCAGAGCUACAACUGGUGGAGCUGGAGGUGUCAAGUCCAUCACCAAUUACGCACCUGUUUACAAGGCACAAAAGGAAGCAAGGGCCAAAGGGUUCUCUGAUGUCUUAUUCCUAGAUUCUGUAACUGGUAAAAACAUUGAGGAGAUUUCAACAGCUAACAUUUUCAUCCUGAAGGGUAAUGUUGUCUCUACUCCAGCAUUAAUCAAUGGAACUGUUCUGCCUGGAGUUACUCGUAAAAGCAUAAUGGAAAUUGCCCUUGAUUUUGGUUACCAGGUGGAGGAGCGCGUAAUCCCACUCGAGGAUCUGCUCCAAGCUGAAGCUUUCUGCACUGGAACUGCUGUAACUGUCAACCCUAUUGGCGCUGUAUCUUAUCUGACCAAAAGGGUGGAAUUUCGAACAGGAAAGGAAGCACUGUCCCAGAAGCUGUAUGAAACGCUAUCAGGAAUCCAAACUGGUCGUCUGGAGGACAAGAAGGGAUGGACCCUGGAGGUCAACUGAGUUUCUCCUCCUAUAUUCUUGUAUUAAUAUGUUGCACCGGAUCCAAAAUGUUUGAUCCUGAUUUUCACCAAACAAGAUUGUAAUUCAAACUUUGGCUUUUGACCGGAAGUAGGAGUUACCUUCAGUUCAUUAAUAAAUGGUUAAGUACUUAAUUUGAAGCUUACUCUGGAACUAAGAGAAAAAUCAAUGACUUGUGUAGGAGAAUUACCGAGCAUUGCAAAAAGAACUGAAAAAUCUCAACACAAGAUUUAUUUUGUUCUAAAUUUGACAUUGUUUAACUGCGCUAUGAACAAGUCAUUCCAAGUAUCUGUUAAACCUGGUAAGCACCAGUGCAUACAAUCAUCAUGCUUCUUCCCACCAGCUGCGGAUGGAUGGGCAUCUGCUCUGAACUCACUCAGGUGGGUUAUGUCCAAAAUAUGUAAGCCCGACUCC